GACAGUAGCAUGAUGACUUUUGAGAGUUUUCUUUUAUGCCACACUUCUGCAUCGGGGAAAGAAGUGUUGUGAUCGUUGUGAUUUAGUUUAGACGGUCGUUAAUAUUAGAAAUUAAACCACAAUUUGUUAAUUAAAUAAUGUGUUAGUGUAAAUAGUUCUAUAACUAAUUUUUAAUAAAUUGGUGCGUAUGUUUUUAUCGUAAUCGAUACAGUUAGUUGAUAAUUUCUAUACAAUGAUAAAAAUGGAAACUGAUAAAAUUGAAGAUACAACCACGAAUAAUAGUCAGUUUCCAAUGACGAUUCUACCACCAUACGACACAGCUAGAAAGAAAGAACCGUCUGCAACAUUUAACACGGAGAGAGAAACAUGUCUGAAAUACUUCGAGAGAUGGAGCGAAACAGACCAAGUGGAGUUCGUAGAAAAUCUCUUAGCCAGAAUGUGUCAUUACCAACACGGUCACAUCAACUCCUAUCUCAAACCGAUGCUGCAACGGGAUUUUAUUUCCUUAUUGCCAAAGAAAGGCUUGGAUCAUGUGGCAGAGAACAUUCUGUCAUAUUUAGAUGCAGAUAGCCUGAGAAAUGCGGAAUUAGUUUGUAAGGAAUGGUUCAGAGUGAUCUCGGAAGGUAUGUUAUGGAAGAAGCUCAUCGAAAGAAAAGUUAGAACAGACUCUUUGUGGAGGGGGUUGGCCGAAAGGCGAAUGUGGAUUCAGUACUUGUUCAAACCAAGGCCAGGUGAAAACCAUCGUCCGCACUGUUUCUAUCGUUCUUUGUAUCCGAAAAUAAUCCGUGAUAUUGACAGCAUCGAAUCGAAUUGGAGGAACGGAAAACACAUCCUGCAACGUAUAAAUUGUAGAUCUGAAAAUAGCAAAGGGGUAUAUUGUUUGCAAUAUGACGAUCAGAAAAUCGUUUCUGGCUUAAGGGAUAAUACUAUUAAAAUAUGGGACAGAAGCACUCUGCAGUGCACUAAAGUUUUGAUUGGACAUACGGGAAGCGUAUUAUGUCUACAAUAUGAUGAUAAGGUUAUAAUAAGUGGGUCAAGCGAUUCCACAGUAAGGGUAUGGACUGUGAAUAGUGGUGAAAUGGUUAACACGUUAAUACAUCAUUGUGAAGCCGUCCUUCAUCUUAGAUUCAACAAUGGUAUGAUGGUUACUUGUUCAAAGGAUCGUUCUAUCGCCGUAUGGGACAUGACUUCGCAAACUGAAAUAACGUUACGAAGGGUAUUGGUAGGUCAUAGGGCAGCAGUGAACGUCGUCGAUUUCGACGAGAAAUAUAUAGUGUCCGCGUCGGGCGACAGAACUAUUAAAGUGUGGAAUACGUCUUCAUGCGAAUUUGUGCGAACUUUAAAUGGGCAUAAACGGGGUAUUGCUUGUCUGCAAUAUAGAGAUAGGUUAGUGGUUAGCGGUAGCUCUGACAAUACCAUAAGAUUAUGGGAUAUAGAAUGUGGAGCUUGUUUGAGAAUAUUGGAAGGACACGAGGAACUGGUUAGGUGUAUAAGAUUCGAUUCCAAACGUAUCGUGAGUGGUGCUUACGAUGGAAAAAUUAAAGUUUGGGAUUUGUUGGCAGCUUUAGAUCCUAGAGCGCCGACUAAUUCUUUAUGCCUAAGAACAUUAGUGGAACAUACAGGACGUGUAUUUAGAUUACAAUUUGAUGAAUUCCAGAUAGUCAGUAGUUCACAUGACGACACUAUUCUUAUCUGGGACUUUUUAAACUCAGUACCCGAACCUAAACCCGCUAAAUCUAGUGAACCCAGAUCUCCUUCUCAGUUUUCUCUUGCUGCUUACGAGUGAAUCUGCAAAAAAACACAUUUACUAUGGUGUAUAGACAAAUUUCUAUUUAUUCGUGAUGUUCAAUAUGUUUUAAGGUGGGGCGAUGUUUUACAAAAAAAUUAUAAUCGAGGUCUGUGAUGUCCUUGUAUAGACUUAACGUUUCGAGCUUUCGCAAAAUUAUUUCCCAAAGUAUAUAUUUAAAUCCAAUGUAAAUGAUAUAUUCUUUUUUUGAAAAAAAAAUAUGGUGAGAUUGUACAAGCUGCAAUCAGUUUUUCGACAAUUAUUAUUAAAUCGGCAUUUUCCGCUUAAUAUAGGUAAAAUUAUUGAAAGGAUUCUUAGGUAGGAUAAAUCUAGGAUAUAUAUAAUUGUAAAAUGAAUUUAAUUCUGAAAAACUUUCCUUUCAAUAAAAUAGAAGGUGCAAAUAUUAGUUUACUAUAAAAUAAAACGAAAUAGUUGUUGUAUUUAUUAUUUUAUUAAAAUACAAUAUUAUAUAUGAGGUCUGGUUAUAAAUAACGAAACCGCUUUUUAAAUUUAUAUCACAAUAGGUUAUUUUUGAGGAAAAGCUUCAUUGCUUGUAUUCUUGUUAAUAUUUGAACAUUAUUUAGUAGAAAAAAUACUACGACGUCUCAUCCCACUGGAAUAGUUCAGUUCCAGCUAGGGCUCUUCAAACUAAUUUAUGUUGACAAAUGACAGUAUAACUAACUAAAAUUAGUUAAAGCUAGUGUGACUUCUUAGGUCCCGUCUUUAAAAAACAUUUACAACUUACAGUCAGCAUGCUUAGGGUCAUUUUGAACCGAGAUAUGUUAACUGGUUUUUAAAUUACAGGUAAAGUUGUCAUAAAUGGACAGAAAAAACUAAAGGUUAUGUGAUAUUUUACAGCGUUUUCAAUACCCUUUUGUUAUGGUAUAAAUUAAGAUAUGAAAAAUAAUUUAGAAUUAUGUUUUCUUUCAAGGAGUACAUAUUUAAAAUGAAAUCCAUUAACUGGUAUUAUCAAGCACGUAGAAAAAUAUUAAUUUGGUAAAAAAAUUCUGAAGUAAAGUUUCUUUUUCAUUAAUUCAAGUUACCAUAGAUGCCGAAAAGAAUAAGCUUUUUGAGGAUUUAUUUUUUUACACCAACACUCACAGUGUAUGCUUACUGCCGAAUGGUAGGAUCAGUUAAUCAAAAUCCAGUUUAACAGAAGAUAUAUAUCUGGUUAAACUUUACAAAGCAUUUUGCAUUACUGUUAUAGUAUGAUUAGCAAAAAAGGACUAACCCACCUCCACCAAUACAGAAAUUAUUUUGAUUUCGUGCUUUGGUAUAAAUAUAAUUACAUAAAUGACAGCUUUACAGCUCUGUAUUUCAGAAACCAGUUGACAUAUCUCGGUAAAAUUUCAAAUUCUUACCAAGUCUGUACCAAAUUUCAAAAAAUCUGAAAUUAUGUGGAUGAAAAUGGUCUUUUUUGGUAUUGAUUUCACAUGGAAUGACCCUAUAUUAAUUCUAUUUUCAGUUAUACAAUGCUAUAUUUAUCUACUUAGCUUUCUGCAUAUGCGGUUUCGUUAUUUAAUACCUACAGGUUGAUUAAAAAUGAAUUUUAAUUAUAACAUUUCAUUUUAAUGCUUCGUUUUUGUAUUAUAUUAUAAGAAUAAUGAUUACUUUUUGUAUACCUGCGACCAAUUUUCAAGAUUUUAUGAAAAUAUAUUUUGAUGUUAGUAUAUUAUCUAAUAUACAUUUUUAAUAUAUGAAUAAGGUGACUUAUGUUAUAGAAAAAAAAAGAAUUAAGUUAAGAUAAAUUGAUGGUAUAUGAAACGAAUAAUGAUGUUCUAGAAGUAUUAUGUAUAGAAUGCAUCUUAUAAAAUGUGUUAAAUUGUUUGUAUACUAAUAUUAAAGAGUAGAAGUAAAGUUUUAUUAAAAGAUAUAUUGUUUACGUAAGAUCUUAAACAAAGUCCGAAAUGUGGAUUCAUACCGGAUACUGUUGAUUAUUGCUAUUUCUUGUUUUAAUCUUACAGUGGGAUGAAUUUAUACAUAAAUAUGGAUUUUUUAAUACAAUUACGGUCUGAAUAAGUUGAGAAAUUAGACCAAAAACGAUAUAUCGAGUUUUACCAAACUUAUUUCUAAUUAAAUAGUUUGCAAAUUGAUUUAGUCAUGUUAGAAACAAACCACCAAAUCUUCAUUUUGUUUUCAUUCUGUAUUUAUCUCGAAUAUUGAUCUCUUAAUAUCGAUUUCUUUUAAUAUAUGGUAUUGGAAAAAAAUUAAUAUCAAUGUAAAUCUUUAAAUUUAAUUACAAUUCAUAAUAAAUUAUAUUCCCAUUAGUUCAGUUAGCAUUAGAAUUAAUCAGUAUCAAAACAAGAGUGGAGAGGUUUAUUUUAAGUUAGGUUGUUCUUAAAAAAUGCCAAAUAUAUCCAAUUAAUAUCACAAAGCAUCUCAUAUCAAAAAAAGUGAAUUUUCGGUAAAUAAAAAAAAAACAGCUGGUCCAUAAUUUAACAUCUUUUUUUUUAUUUUUAAUGUGAUAUUUAAAAGCCGUUGUUUGAGAUGUAUUUCUUUUUCAAAUGAAUGAUUAAACGAUGUGAUUUUUGGAAGGUCUGGUAAACCAGUUCCCUAUUUUUUAAAAUCAAAAGUCUAUCAAUAAAGUUUUUAACGUUUACUUGGUUUACAUGUUUAUGAGAAUAAUUCAAUUCAACUAAAUAAAAUCAGAAAUGUUAAAUUUCAUAUGUCCAACUCAACUUUGGCAAAGAAUAGACGGUCAGAGUAUUGGGAUUUUAGUUUUCACACUCUUACUUUUUUUUCAUUCAUUUAUCGUAUUAUUUUUCCCUUCUAUCUUCCUAUGAUAAUUGUUCUAGCCAAGUUUGCUUAAGUCUUUCUUUCAUUCUGUUAUUUUGUUACGUUCCCUUUUUUGGUUUACUACCUUUCGUAUUUUUUUAUAUCUACUUCCAUUCUCAGGUCUCAGUCCAUUAUCACUAUCCAUUUGUUUACUUUUUCUUUUUCCUCCCGUUUUCUUACCUUUUGGAUUUUUUCUUUUAUCCAUUUUAUCAAAUGUAUCUGCUACUAUUACUAUUUAGUGUGUAUUUACUAAUCCGUCUAUAUUUAUCGGUUCAAGGUUUCUGUAGCCAAUUACUGUCUCCAGUUUAUAGUUCUUCUCUUUUAUUUUAUCAUCCUAUCCCUGAUUAGUAUAAACAGAAGCGCAAAAGCAAAUGAAUAAGUAACUGUACUCAGGUAAAGUGGAAUUGGAAAAUAACACUGGUAGAUUUGAAGAUUUCACAUUGAUAUUCCCGUAUCCAAAAAAAUUCCAAUACAGUGUAGGAAUAAACAUAUAUAUGUUACAUAAAAAUGUAAUCAAAUUUUGUAAAUUUGAUUAUCACUGAGAUAUUUUAAAUUGGGCGAUAAAAUAUGAAAUAAAUCCCAAUUAAAAUAUCUAGGAUUAUAGAAUAUUAUAAAUGUAUGUAAAGUUGAUUUAGAAUUUUUUAUUAAUUGUUUAAUAGAUAUAUCUACGUCUUUCAGAGACAAUAUUUUGAAUGUUACUUGUAUAUGUCUCACGUUUCUAUGGCAGUUUUCCCGGUGGAAUGAGGGAAUAGUAUACAAAAUCUUUUUUAACAGAUUUAAAUGUUUAAUUAUAACUGCCUCUUAUAAUUUCGCUAAAUAUUUCAAACAAUUAAAUACCGAAGCAUUUUUUUUGUAAUAUUCACAUAAUACUUUAAAUAAAAAAAUAUAUCAUUUACAAUAUAUAUCAUUAUUUUCGUAUGAUUUAUUUGAUCGUCGUAUUUUGUAUCCCAUCUGUUAUAUAAAUAUUAUAAGCUUAUGUAUAUUUGAAAUAAUUUAUUUUUGACAGAUUAAAUUUUUUUUAUUUGUC